CCGUCCCGUCCGGCCGCGCUCCGCUCGCUCGGUCCCGGUGCCGCCGCCGCCGCCGCCAGCCCCAUCGCUCGCCGACAUGGCCAUCUCCUCACGUCUGGCGCUCUGGGAGCAGAAGAUCCGGGACGAGGACCGGGGGCCACCCCCUGCUGCUCCCCCCCUGCUUCUGUCCGUCAUCCCCGGGGGGUUCAUCAAGCAGCUCGUGAGGGAGACCGAGAAGGAGGCCAAGGCGGCCAAGCUGAGGAAGGAAAAGGCGAGCAGCAAAGAGGAGCCCGUGGCAGCGGACGGCGGGGCCGGAGCCGGGGUCACCGCAGCAGCUGGAGCAGAGGGGACCAAGGACGGGCGGGCGCUGCCCAACGGGCUGCAGGCAGCGGGGCAGGGGGGCAAGGGGGUGAUUCCCCCCUCACCCAAGGAGCUGCCAUCCGGGAGGGCUGUGCCAGGGCCCAGCGCCAGCAAAGCCCCAUCCCCAGCACCCAGCCCCACAGCAGCGGCCCCAAAGCCAGCAGAGACCCCACGGCCGGAGGUUCCCAUAGCGCAGCCAUCGUGCCCCAAGAGGAGCCCCAAGGACCCCGGCAGCCCCCAGCCUCUGACCCCCCCACCGGCUGCCCCCAAACGGGCAGAGCCCCCUCACCCUGAGGCUCCCAAAGCAGCGCAGCUGCUGUGCCUCAAGAAGAGCCCCAAAGACCCCUGCCCAAGGGGCAGCCCCCAGGCUCUGACCCCCACAUCGGCUGCCCCAAAGCUGGUGGAGACCCCUCGCCCUGAGGCUCUAAAGGCAGUGAAGCCGCUGUGCCCUGAGAAGAGCCCCAGGGACCCCUGCCCAGGGGCCAGCCCCCAGCCUCCAGCCCCUGCACCCUGCAAGGGCCCCCAGUGCCCCAGCAAAGCCCCAGCAAAGGUGGGGGACAGGGGCAAGGUCCCUGAGAGCACCAGGAAGGAGAAGGGGGCCCCCCCGAGCCCCGCAGAGCCUCGAGCCAAGGCAGGAGCCCAGAGGGAGCUGGGACCGGGCAGGAAAGAGCCGGAGAAGAUGAAGAAAGAUGUUGGCGAUGGGAGGAAGGAGCCAAGGGAAAUCAAAAAGCCUGGAAAAACUGCAAACAAGUCAGAGGGGCCCAAGGAGGAGCCAGGAGGGGCCCAGGACAAGUCCGAAGAGGUGGGGAAGGUGAAGGAAGAGCUGGGAGAGGGGAAAGAGGCGCCAGGAGAGAGCAAAGAGACAGGCGAGAGCACGGACAGGGACCAGGCUCCCGGGGAUGUCUGGUACGAAGCGGGGAAGGUCUGGCUCGUCCAGGAGGAUGGAUUCACGCUCGCCACGCAGCUGAAGCCGGACGUGGGGACACCGGAGCUGCCGGCGGGGAGGGUGCGGGUGCGCCGGGAGGCGGACGGCAGCGUCACCGAGGUGGACGAGGACAGCGUGCAGAGGAGCAACCCCCCCAGCCUGGACCUGGCCGAGGACCUGGCGGCGCUCCUCAGCCUCAACGCCUGCAGCGCCAUGAACACGCUGCAGCAGCGCUACCGCGCCCGCCUGCCCUGCACGUUCGCCGGGCCCAGCCUCGUGUCCAUCCGGGACAGCGGCACCGGCACCGCGGGCAGGGCACUCAAGGGGAAGCGGGACAUGCCCCCCCACAUCUGCUCGGUGGCACAGAGAGCCUACAGGAACCUGCUGCUGCAGCGGCAGGACCAGGCCAUCGUGCCCCUGGGGCGCAGCGGCGCUGGCAGGACCUCGUGCUGCCGGAAAGCUCUGGAGUUCCUGGUGGGCUCCGCGGGCAGCGUGGACGGCAGAGUCUCAGUGGAGAAGAUCCAGGCGAUGUUCACAGUGCUGGGAGCCUUUGGGUCGGUGACCACGGGCCACAGCAGCAGCUCCACGCGCUUCUCCAUGGUCCUGUCGCUGGAUUUCAGUGCCACCGGCCAGAUCACGGCUGCUCACCUCCAGACCAUGCUGCUGGAGCGGGGCCGUGUGGCUCAGCAGCCCCCCGGAGAGAGCAGCUUCAACGUCUUCCCCCUGAUGCUGGCGGGGCUGGAUGCGGCGCAGAGGACAACGCUGCACUUGCACCAGGUGUCUGAGAACAAUUCCUUUGGGAUCAAGCCGUUCACAAAGCCCGAGGAGAAGCAGAAAGCCUCAGCAGCAUUCGCCCAGCUCCGGGCGGCCAUGGGCACAUUGGGCAUCACCGCGGAGGAGCAGGCGGCCGUGUGGCGCGUCUUAGCCGGCAUCUACCACCUGGGAGCCGCCGGCGCCUGCAGAGCGGGCAGGAAGCAGUUCAUGAAGUUCGAGUGCGCGAGCAGCGCGGCGGCGGCGCUGGGCUGCGACCUGGAGGAGCUGAGCACGGCCACCUUCAAGCACCACCUCAAGCACAUCCUGGAGCAGGUCACGGCGCGGGGCCGCCGCCCGGCCCCGGCGCAGGAGAGCCCGGCAGGGCCGAAGAUGACGGGCGUGGAGUGUGUGGAGGGGAUGGCUUCGGGUCUCUAUGAGGAGCUCUUUGGUGCAAUCAUCUCGCUGAUCAACAGGUCCUUCUCCUCCCCACACCUCUCCAUGGCCUCCAUCGCCGUGGUGGACACCCCUGGCUUCCAGAACCCGCGGCAUCAGCGCCGCGAGCGCGCGGCGACCUUCGAGGAGCUCUGCCACAACUACGUGCACGAGCGGCUGCAGGCCCUCUUCUAUGAGAAAACCUUCGUUUCGGAGAUGGAGAGGUACAGAGAGGAAAAUGUUGAGGUGUCUUUUGAUCUUCCAGAGCGCUCUCCUCUGGACACGCUGUCCAUCAUCGACCUGAGCUCCUCACAGCCACAGGCGCUGCCGGGCAGCCCGGGAUCCGACCGCAGGGGGCUGCUGUGGAUCCUGGAUGAGGAGGCACUGACCCCUGGUUCUGGGGAUGGAGCCGCCUUCGACCGCCUGUGCUCCUACUUCACUGCAGAGGGACCCGACCAGGAGGGGGACAGCCACAUGCGGAGGUGCGAGCAGGGGCUGCACUUUGAGAUCAACCACAGGCUGGGCACAGACCCCGUGCGCUACGACCUGACGGGCUGGGUCAGCAAAGCCAAGUUCAACCUCUCGGCACAGAACGCCCUGCAGGUGCUGCAGCAGUCCACAGUCGAGGCCGUGCGGGAGCUGCUGGAGCCGCGGGUGCGGGCGCCGCUGGGCUGCCGGGCCGUGGCGGGGCUGGAGGGACGCUCGCAGGCAGCCCUGCACCGCAGCGCCUGCGUCAGGAAGAGCUUCGCCAGCAGCUUCGCGGCCGUGAGGAAGCGGUCGGUGUGCGCCCAGCUCAAGCUGCAGGCGGACGCGCUCACGAGCCUCCUCCGCCGGUCCCGGCUGCACUUCGUGCACUGCCUGCUCCCGGGAGCGGGGCCCCAGGGGCCGCUGCCUCGUCCCCCCGCGCCGCCCGACGCAGCCCCGCAGCUGGAUGUGCCGACCCUGCGGACACAGCUGGAGGGGACCCAGCUCCUGGAUGCCCUGCGCCUGCACCGCAUCGGGUAUGCGGAUCGCCUGCUCCUCACCCAGUUCCGAAGGCGCUUCCAGGUCUUGGCUCCGGAUGUCAUGAAGAAGCACACCUCUGCCUACGAGGUGCCGGAUGAGAGCAAGGCCAUACAGGAGCUCUUCCAGGCGCUGGAUCUGGAGAAGAGCAGCGUUGCCAUCGGGCGCAGCCAGAUUUUCCUGAAGCCGGGAGUCAUCUCCCGACUGGAGAAGCAGCGGGACAAGCUGAUAGCCCAGAAGAUGAUCCUGCUCCAGGCUGCGUGCAAGGGCUUCCUCAGCCGCCAGAACUUCAAGAGGCUGAAGAUCCAGCGCCUGGCCACCCGCUGCAUCCAGAAGAACCUGGUGGUGUUCCAGGCCAUCAGGCACUGGCCCUGGUGGCAGCUCCUGAGCCGUGUGCGGCCCCUGCUCAGCGUUAACCUCACAGAGGAGCAGCUCCAGGCCAAAGAAGAGGAGCUGGCAGCGCUGAGAAGGAAGCUGGAAAAAUCCGAGCAGGAAUGCAGCGAGCUCAGGCAGAACGCAGAGAAGCUGGAGAGCAAGAUCAUCGACCUGAACACGGAGCUCUCGGACGAGCAGUACAAGGGCGAUGUCGCCUGCCAGGUCCUGGAUGGGGAGCGGGCAGAGAGGCUGCGGGGAGCCCGGGAGCUGCAGGAGCUGCAGAGCAAACACGACCAAGUGCAGAAGAAACUGGAGUCAGUGGAAAAGCAGCUGGAGGAGGCCCAGCAGCUGGUUCAGUUGCAUGAGAUGAAGAUAAGUGGCUCUGGAGGAGAGGACGAGUGGCAAGCGCGCUUCGAGUGCGCGCAGACGGAGAUCUCCUUCCUGCGGAAGCGGCUGGUGCAGCUGGAGCAGCGCCUCGAGUCUGAGCGGGGCACCAGGACCGGGCUGGAGCAGAAGCUCGGCGCGGCGCAGGCAGCAUGCGAGGCGGCCAAGAGGGCAUCGCAGCAGCUGCGGCGGCGGUGCCGGCGCCUGGCCUGCGAGCUGGAGGAUGCGCGGGUGCUCGCCGAGAGCCAGCAGAGCCGCAGCCACGAGCUGGAGAAGAGGCAGAAAAGGUUCGACCUGCAGUUAGCCCAGGCCCUGGGGGAGUCUGCCUUUGAGAAGAGCCUCCGUGAGAAAGUGUCGCAGGAGAACAGCAGCAUCCGCUGGGAGAUGGGCAAACUCCAGCAGCGCUUGGAGCAGAAGGAGGCAGAGGUGUCCGGCCUGACGCAGAAGGUGUCGGUGCUGGCCGGCCGCGUGGAGGAGCUCAGCACCCCCAGCACCAUGGAUGCCCGGGCAGUGCCUGCCCUCCGGAAGCAGCUCUGGGACAUGGAGGCCAGCGCUGCUGAGCAGAGGAAGGAGCUGGAGCAGCAAACGGCCGCUGUUGAUCACCUGGAGCAGCAACACCAGCGCCUGGAGCUGGAGAUAGAGCGGAUGAAGCAGAUCCACCACAAGGAGCUGGAGGACAAGGAUGAGGAGCUGGAGGAUGUGCGGCAGUCCUGCCAGAGGAGGCUCCGGCAGCUGGAGAUGCAGCUGGAACAGGAGCACGAGGAGAAGCAGAUGGUGCUGCAUGAGAAGCAGGACCUGGAAGGGCUCAUCAGCACCUUGUGUGAGCAGAUCGGCCACCGGGACUUCGAUGUGGAGAAGCGGCUGCGGCGGGACCUGCGCCGGACACGGGCUCUGCUCGCUGACGUGCAGCUGCUGGUGGCAGCGCCCGCAGAGCCCAGCGCCAGCGCCCAGGACGUGGAGCGGCUGCGCAGGCAGUUGGAAGAGAGCGAAGCGAGGUGCGCAGAGGCCCAGAGGACCCAGCAGGCAGCGGCGCAGCAGCUGGAGAGCUUGCACAUGGAGCUGGAGACCCUGAGCAGAAGCAAGGCCCUGGUGGAUGAGCAGCUCAACCAGCUGCAGCAUGAGAGAGCCGACCUCCUGAAGCGCAUCGAUAUGGACCAGGAGGACCUGAACGAGCUCAUGGCGAAGCACAAGGCUCUGAUUGCCCAGUCGGCAGCAGAUAUUGUUCAGAUCCGGGAGCUGCAGACGCAGGUGGAGGAUGUGAAGAAGGAAAAGCAGAGCCUUCAGGAGAAGCUGCAGGCAGCGCAGGCGAGAGCAGCGCGCAUGGAGCAGUGCCCGGCCGAGCGCUCCAUCGUCAGCCGGCAGGAAGCCCGGAUCCGGGACCUGGAGAGCCAGCUGGACUUCCAGGCCGUGCAGAUGAAGCGCUUCGAGGUGCUGGUGCUGCGCUUGCGAGACAGCAUCAUAAAGAUGGGUGAGGAGCUGGAGAAGGCGGCGGAGUCAGAGGCACGGGAGAAGGAGAACACCAGGUACUACCAGAGGAGGAUGGAGGAGAUGAAGGCUGACAUGGACGAGCUGGUGCAGAGGGAGCUGGAGUCCAGCCGCCGGCGCGUGGAGCUGGAGCAGCAGCUGGCGGAGCUGGCAGCGGUGCGGCAGGCCCUGCAGGCUGACCUGGGCACUGCCAUCCGCCGCAUCGCACAUCUGCAGGCGGCCCUGGAGGAGCGGCGGUCCAGCGACGACAGCGAUGCUGAGAGUGUGCAGACAACGCAGGAGUCCCUUUGCUCCAGAAGAGAGACGGACGCCUGCUCCAGCAUUGGGUCCACACUUGGCCUGGAGCCCGCAGAGAGCAUCAAGUCCUGGCCGGGUUCAUCCACGGGCUGGUCCUCCCCUGCGGGUGGCAGCGUGGCCGGGAGCAUUUCGGCACAGUCCAUCGGCAGCCGCAGCACCCAGAGCCCCAGGCUGAGCAGAGACACCAAGGAACCCGCACCGAGCCGGCCGGCUUCUUCCCGGAGCUCUGCCAUGCCGGUGGAUGCUGCGGAUGCAGGGAGGGUGGCGAGCCCCCUGCUCGGGGCGAGGAGACGGGAAUAUGGAAAACCUGCAGCGGAUGAGGAGCAGCUGGGGAGCCUCAGGAAGCCUGGGGACAGGAUGGGAGAGACGUCCCCAUCGGUGCUGCGGCGGGGGGGGUCCCCUGCCCCGGACGGGAGGUUCCUCAGCCCGCUGUCUCCCAUGGUGCCGAGGAGGAGGAGGAAGGGGGGGCUCUCCCCAGGGGCAGCGCCGGUGCCCAGCUCCUCGGCCGCCCUCUCCGAGUACGUGGAGGAGCUGCGGCGGCAGCGGGGAGCGGAGCGGGAGCCGGGGCAGCCGGCGCUGGGUGACACCUCUCCCCUGCCCAUUUACCGCACCGUGGGUGCCGUGGCCCUGCGGCGCUGCAGGGCUUUCCCUGCAGCAAUGGAUGGUUCCAUGGGGAAGCUGGAUGGGAACGAGCCGGGGGAAGAAGGCGAAGGAGCAGGCGCUGGCCUCGUGCGCUCCUGCAGCCUGCGGAGCAUGGCCUCGGAGCCGGCGCGCUCGCCGGGGCUGAAAAGAGCAUCCAAGUUCGGCUCCUACGACUCCCUCCUGCAGAGCCUGGAUGGGUCCGGCCGCCGGCCCGGCUCUCCGGCGGCGGGGAUGGAGGUGCUGGGAACGCUGCGGCCGAGCUCCUGGAGGAGCUACUUGGAGCCGUCGCUGGAGGAUGUGGAGGUGGGAACGGGCUCUCCCUCCAGUGACAGGCUGGGCGAGGGGAAGGGGAGCGACCCCUUCACCUGGAGGAUCCCCACCCUCAACUACGAGCGCAGAACCAACGUCGACUUCGACGACUUCCUCCCUGCCAUUCGCAAGUCCCGCUCCACCAGCAGCCUGGCCAAGCCCGGGAGGGACAGAAGGGAUGGACACCGGCCCCUCACUGUGCGCUUCGAGGAUGAGGCCAUAGCGGGCACCUCAGCAUCCUCCGAGGGGAAGGGAGCCACCAAGCGCAGCCCGGCCCUGCAGGAGGACCCUGGGAACGUCUCUGACUCCUCCUCAUCCUCUGGCUCCCACCAAUCCUCCCGGAGCGCCGACAGCAUCAAGCGCCGGCCGCAGCCGCAGAGAGGGGAUGGAGAGGGAUGCAGCAGCAAAGCCAGCACCCAGAGCAGCGCGGCAAGCCGCCGGGCCGAGGCAGAAGGGAAGGAGGAUGAUGUCAACAGCAUCAUGAGGAAGUACCUGGGAAAAGACUAAGGGAGCACAAUUUGCAUAAUGAAACGUCCCCAUUGCUCCAGACUCGGUUUCAAGACGCUGCAGCAACGGCCUCGGAGCUGCACUGAGCAAGGAGCUGUGACCCUGCAAACUGCUUCCCUGCUCCUGUGCAAGAGCCCCUGCUAGGAAACUCGUCACUUACACAGAGACUGAAGGUGGCUCCCUGGAAACCAUGGGAUGCUUUCACAGACUGAGACUCUUGGGGUUUAGAGACGGUUUCUUUCUGCUCCUUCCCCCUUCCCCAUCACCUCCGCUUUGCUCAGGGCCAGCCGAGGGGACAAGGGACUUUCUUGUUCUCCUGCAGUUCUUUGACUCAGGAGUUGGUGCUGUCAUUGAAGCCCAGCGGCUGCCAUAGGUGCCUGAUAACAUGGGAUAAACCUGCUCUAGAGCUGGAAGAACACCAAACCCCCUCCUUUGUAACCCAGGAGGCCUCAUCCCGUGUAGCACUGCUCCGAAAUCAGCAGAAGGAUGCAUUUGGGUCUUGGUGUGACACCCCCUACGCUCUGGAGCUUUAAUAAUUCCAUAGAUGUCUGAAGGCAGGUCCGUGCGUGCUUUCACAGCUGGUUGGGAUGUCUGGGCACCUGCCACUGGGCUGCAGGGGCUGCGGGGGGGUGAAUGGGAGCCUGCCUUCAGAUGUCUGCUUGGGUUUUACACAAUAAAAUACUUGCUUCUUUGACACAA